CUGUUUUGAUUCUUGCAGUGAACGGAGAGAGUUAGCUUUGACAGGCGUAUGACUUGGCAUUAUUAUUUAUCCUCCCCGAACAAGUCUCUGACACCGCCGGACAUAAUAAGAGCCCAAUCAGCUCGUCAAAAGGCCUGUUAUCUGCUGUGAUGGGGAAGGGGGAGUGCCUGGAUUUGCUUAUUUAGCUUGUGAGCUAAAGUCUGCAGCAUCAGGUUGACCCAUGUCCUCUGAGGAGGCUCUCAGCUCCACACUCUCACACUGGAUCUCCUUUAACUCCUGGUUGCUGCUCCUGCCCUUCAUCAUGCUUCUGGUGGUGGCUGCUUUCAUAGUGGCCUUCGUGCUGCUGCUGUACAUGAUAUCGCCGUUAAUAAGCCCCAAACCCCUCAAACUCAACGGGGCCCAUGUGGUGGUCACUGGAGGUAGCAGUGGGAUUGGGAAGUUUAUUGCCAUGGAAUGCUACAAACAUGGUGCCUUCAUCACUCUGGUAGCACGAGAUGAGCACAAAUUGGUUCAAGCAAAGAAAGAAGUAGAGAAAUGUGCCAUUAACGAUAAGCAGGUGGUGCUUUGCAUUUCAGUUGAUGUGUCGAAAGACUACAGCCAAGUGGCGAGUGUCAUAAAACAAGCUCAGGAGAAGUUGGGUCCAGUGGACAUGCUGGUGAACUGUGCCGGAAUGUCUAUAUCUGGGAGGUUUGAGGAGGUGGAAGUGGAUCGCUUCAAGAGACUGAUGGAGGUGAACUAUCUGGGCAGUGUUUACCCCACACGGGCUGUCAUCACCACUAUGAAAGAGAGACGGAUGGGCCGCAUCAUGUUUGUGUCGUCACAGGCGGGGCAGAUUGGCCUCUUCGGCUACACAGCCUACUCGCCGUCCAAAUUCGCCCUGCGUGGUCUGGCUGAGUCAUUGCAGAUGGAGAUGAAGCCGUAUAAUAUCUAUGUGACUGUGGCUUAUCCUCCAGACACCGACACACCAGGUUUUGCAGAGGAGAAUAAGACUAAGCCUCUGGAGACCAGGUUAAUUUCAGAGACUUCUGGAGUCUGUCAGCCUGAGCAAGUGGCAAAAAUUGUGGUUAAAGAUGCUUUGCAAGGAAAUUUUACCAGCUCAUUUGGUCCUGAUGGAUACAUGCUGUCAGCGCUCACCUGUGGGAUGUCACCAGUCACCUCCAUCACCGAGGGGCUCCAGCAGAUUGUGACCAUGGGGCUGUUCCGCACUAUUGCACUCUUCUACCUGGGCAGUUUUGACAGUAUCGUCCGCCGCUGCAUGAUACAGAGGGAACAGUCCAAAGCAGCCGACAAGAGGGAUUAGCACCAACUUCCACACCGAUGUCCACCUUCAUCACCACUACAUUCACCCAUAAACUCACUCAGCACACAGCCCUGGCCUGGCAGACUUGUUGGGUAAAGGAGGUCCACACUGAAAAAAAGUUGGUUGUCUGUUUAUUUAAGUAGAGGUGUUAUAAGGAUUAGAGUCCAUCCUUGAAAAUAGUUCCUUUUUAUAUUCCAUAGCUUUUUCCUUUGACUCUUUCUGGACCCCAACCAUUCCAGUUUGAUUAUAAGUUCUGGGCAUGCUGCAUCAGUAUUUCAAGCUCUUUUGUUUAAAAAUAAACAACUGUAUUUGCAUUAGUUACUCUUUGGCUCUUUGGCCUGAAACAGCAGUCAUUGUGGCUGUUGCUUUCAAAUGUGCUCCAGUUCUUGCAUGCUUGAAUGCAGAAGGAAAAUAUGUAGCAUCGUCUGGCCUUCUGAGUUCUUCUAAUCUGUUGCUGAAAUAAAAAAAACAUUUGUAAAUACCCCCCCACCCCAAUAAAAGGUGUUUUAUUUAUUUAUCUUAGACACAAUAUUAAAAAAAACAGAUAAAUUAAGAAGAAUUGUCAAAGUGCCAUUGUCCGAAAACAAUAUCAGUGUUAAAAUGCAGCACUGAUACAUAUUCUGUAUUCAAAGAUUCAAAUUUAUUAAGUUAUAUUUUAUAACUUUAAAUUGAAUAGUGUUUAUAGGUAGACCCAACAUUAAAUAACCAAUUAAUUAGAAUUACAUAGACAUGUCAAUGUCCAAAAACAAUAUCGGUGCAGAGUCUGCUUAUUAUAACUACAGCAAUAAAAACGUAUGCAUUAUGAACACAUUAAUGGUAUUUAUUGGUAGCUCCUAUAUUAAAGAACCGAUAAAUGACAUCAAAUUACAUAGAAAAGUGCCAAUUUCCAAAAUAAUUUGUGUUAAAAUGCAGUACAGAUCUAGAAGCAGAUUUUUUUACACAAUGAUAACUAAAUAAAUUCCAUUAAUCGUCAGAACCGAUAAAUUAAAAAAGAGAUAUGUCAAAAAGUACCAAUGCCUGAAUUAGUUUUUUUUUUAUUUUUAUUACUGCACUGAUACAGAUUCUGCUUAUUACAAAUGAAUCCCUAAACUUCAACCAUUAACACACAUGCGUUCUUAAUAUAGUAAUGGUAUUUAUCGGUAGUGCCGAUAUUAAAGAACCGGUAAAUCCAAAUAAAUGCAUUAAGUACCAAUGCCUAAAUAAAAUUCAAUUUUAAAUUACAGCACUGAUACAGAUUCCGCUCAUUACAAAUUAAUCCCUAAACUUCAACCAUAAUCAUGUACAUUAUGAAUAUAAUAUUAAUGAAAUGUUAAAUUAAGUAUAGUUGCUUUAGAAAAGUGUCAAUGUAAAAAAUCAUUAUUGGUGUUAAAAUGCAGCACUGAUACAAAUUCUGCUUUUUAACACAAUCACUAGACCAUAUCAAUAAAAAAAACAUAUGCAUUCCUAUUAUUAUUAUUAUUAUAAAGAUAAUGCCGUUUAUGGGCAGACCAUGAUAAAGAACCAAUAAAUAAAGAAUUAGAAGUAGAGAAAUGUUAAUGCCAGUGAAAUAACCGUCAAACCAAUUACCGCUCCAUCACUGUUUCAUUACUAUUUCAUUCAACUUCUAUUCCUCUUUGACUAUGAUGUUGCCAUAUGUCAAGACCUCCAGUUUCCUUUCAUGCACCUUGCAAUCUUUACACUUAUUCAAAGAGAACAGCUGUCCUAUGUUCUUCUGGCUGAUAUGUGAUGUUCCUCUAUGUUCUUAGUCAAGCACUGUAUCUUCCUGCUUUUAGACUUCAUUGUUUUAAGGGAAAGACACAGGACUUUUGUGUUGUAGCCUGAGUCUGCCACUCUGCCUUAUCCUUUUUUGCUUUUGGGGGGUUGUGAAGGAAAUGUUUACCUAUUGUGUGUGUAUAUAUGUCUGCUUGUACGCAUGUGUUUUGAUGACCUCAGGGGCUUCUAAGGGUUCACUGAAUUGAAGAUGGGUCAGGAUAAGCCAUUGAGGUGGUGGCUCGCUGGUUCGAGUCAUGACACCUUUCUGCCAGCAGGUGGAGCUGUUGAUCCAAAUGGAUCUGGUUUAGCCAGAGCACAACUCACAUUAGUAGAGGUGAUCUAGAAUCAGAAUAGUUGUAUUCACCUACAAAGUGCAAAAGCUGAAGUGACCUCAACAAUCUAUCCCCAGAACUGUGUUCGACUACAUUUUUGGGAAUGGUUCACCCAAAAACGACUCGUAUAGUAUAAAUAAAUGUAACAAACACAUACAUUUUAGCCUUCACACAAGCAUUGCAAAUACUGUAGAUGUUGUGAAGCGUGAUCUGAUUUUUAGACCAAAACAAGUAAUAUGGCUUCCACACGUGAAGUGAAUCUCCUCAUGCUCUGCCUUGUAACGUAAAAGAGACAGUCAAAGCAAAUAAACCGUUUUAUAGUAAAGGCCUCUCAAACGUGCCCUUGUUUUGACUCCACCUGUGCUAUGUUAUAUUAAAAACAAACUUUAGCUAGAAAGAAUAUGACACUUACUCGCGUUGUUGUAAUAUUUGCCUUGCUCACGGUCACAAGCUAACUGGGAGCAUGUGAUGUUGUCACACCCUACAGUUAUAAGAGCGGAUGUUUAUGAGGACUUCAUUCUUGAAUGCCUAAUUGCACAGAAAGUGGUCACGUUAUAGGGACGGCUCACCGAUAAAUGAGAAUUCUGUCAUCAUUUACUCCUCAACUAACCUGUAUGGCUUUCUCUAUUCCUUUAAAUUCUCGUUGAUCUAAAGAGAGUGGGGAUGGAAGCUGUCGAGCUCCAAAAAGCCACAUAAAUGUAACAAAUGUCAUCCAUACAACUUCUGCACAACACAAAGUCUUCUGAUGCAAUGUGAUGGCCAUGUGUGAGGAAAAAAUGAAAGUCAUAUGGGUAUGGAACAACUUGAGGGUGAGUAAAUUAUUUCAGAAUUUUCAUUUUGGGCUGAUCUAGCCCUUUAAAACAAUGCAACUCUAUUUGUGAACCUGUUUGUUGUUUUCUACAGUUCUGUUUUCCCUAGAAAUAAUCGACCAAUGCAGUCAUGCACUACAGUCGUGGAGGCCCAUUCCAAGUCUUAAGAGAUAUAAACGCUAUAAGGGUGGAUCUGUCGACAUCCAGCUAUGGCAUAGAUUGUGUAUGGUUUACGUAUAUUUGUUGAGAUUCAGUUGGUUUAUGAAAAAAUACCUUGUUUUUGCUUGUUGUUUGGUAUGCCUUUUUUAUUUAUUUUUUUAAAGAGACACAGAAUAUGAAAGUGAGAAUGCAUGAGUCAAAUGACGAUGUUCUCAUUGGCUCAAGGCACGUCGUCCAGCACAUACAGUAGUAGAUAAAUAGGUGCUGAUGUGUCAACUUACAAUUGAGUUGUGCCCUCUUCCGUUAUAUUACACAUAGUAAAUUAAGUGAUCAGAAGCUAACCGUAGAGAAAUGGUUUUAACUCCUUAAAGCUAUGCAAAUCAAACCUGUUCUCACCAUUCAUUCAAACACAUAGGAUACUUGCAUUUUUUUGUCUUCUGCUGUAGUUUACUCUUUUAUUGACUGAAGUCGAGGUAUAUUUCUGGGAUAUAUAGUUUAUUAGUAACUUUCAAAAGAAAUCCAAGACCAUUUAGGAUCAAUUCUGCUUCUGUCAAUGACUUAAAAGUUUCUUUCUCGUUUUGUUGCCAAACUUGCAUAAAUUUCACCUUGUGUGCCAUGGGAGAAAGAGGUUGUUGUUGCUGUCUUAUUUUCUUACAUAAUGAAAUAAAACAAAUU